UUUUCUUGUAUUUGGCUGACUUUUUAACAAAUCCUCAAGUUUUUUAUUUAAAAGAUGAGUGACACAGGCGAUAAUGAAAGUGUUGCACAAAGUCGAGAUGGACAAGAACAAGUUGAUGACAAUGUAGUUCCUGCUUCUGACAACGAGGAAGAGGACCCAAUUGCUGAACUUUAUGGCGAUGAACGAGAGGAAUAUGAAGAAGAGGAUGCUAAUGGUGAAGAUUUGUUUAGAGAUGAUAUGCUAAGGGAUUAUCGUGAUCAGCCAGAACUUGAUAAUCUUUCCGCAUCUGGGAUAGAUGAUACGUCUGACAUCACAGAGCUUUCCUUUGAUGCCCGAAGACGUGCUGAAAUUGCUAUGGCUAGACGCGAUCAAUUGUCGAUGGAAGAUGAGCUUUACUGGGAAGAUGGGGAUGAGUCAGCUGCUUCUCUGGCGCGACGACGAAAACGUCUAGUUCCCAGACAACCUGAAGAUGAUAUUGACGAAGAUGAUGGUGAAGUACCUAUAGAUAUUUUGGAGAACUACCAUGACCGAUCAGCACGUGAUCAUUGCAGUGAUGAAGCUGUUGGCCGUGAGAUUUUUAGACGUUUCAAAAAAUUUUUAAACUUCUUCAAAGAGCCAGUUACAAAUCAAAACAAAUAUAUUCUUGCCAUUCGACAUAUGGUGUCUGAAAAUCGUUUAUCUCUUGAAGUUGACUAUAACGAUUUAUCUAAUGAGAAUGGUGAACCACAUAUUGCAUUUUUGUUGCCAGAAGCGCCUGUUCAGGUUCUUGAACGUUUGGACCAGGCUGCUACUGCUGUAGUGACGAGGAUUUUCCCUUGGUACAAAAGAGUGACAAAUGAAGUUAAAGUCCGUGUUAAAAAUUUGCCGUCGGAAGAAGACAUUCGACUUUUGAGACAAAUUCACUUAAAUAUGUUAAUUAAAACGUCUGGCGUUGUUACAGUUACUACUGGGAUUUUACCUCAAUUGAGUGUUUUAAAAUAUGAUUGCAAAUCUUGUUCAUUUGUGCUCGGCCCUUUUGUUCAACGCCAGGAUGAAGAGACAAAACCAACAACUUGUCCAUCAUGCCAAAGUCGUGGGCCUUUUGAAUUAAAUACUGAAGAGACAAUUUACCAUAAUUAUCAAAGAAUUACUAUUCAAGAAAGUCCAAAUCUGGUAGCUGCUGGUCGUUUACCUCGUUCGAAGGAAGUUAUUCUUUUGGGUGAUUUGUGUGAUUCUUGUAAACCUGGAGAUGAAAUUGAAUUAACUGGAAUUUAUACAAACAGUUAUGAUGGAUCUUUAAAUACUCGACAGGGAUUCCCUGUUUUUAACACAGUUAUAAUUGCAAAUCAUAUUGUUAGGAAGGAUCGAUUAGAAUCUGACUCUUUAACUGAUGAAGACAUUAAAGCUAUUCGUGAACUAGCAAAACACCCACAAAUUGCACAACGAAUUUUUGCCAGCAUUGCGCCUACUAUUUAUGGACAUGAUGAUGUAAAACAAGCUGUUGGACUUGCAUUAUUUCGUGAUAUUAAUGUGCUCCUUUGUGGUGAUCCUGGAACUGCAAAAUCCCAAUUUCUUCGAUAUGUUGCGCAUCUUGCACCUCGUUCUAUUCUAACAACUGGACAGGGAGCUUCUGCUGUCGGAUUAACUGCAUAUGUCCAACGUCAUCCAGUGACACGAGAAUGGACUUUAGAAGCGGGUGCAAUGGUUUUAGCUGACACUGGUGUUUGCCUCAUUGAUGAAUUUGACAAGAUGAACGAACAAGACAGGACUAGUAUUCAUGAAGCCAUGGAACAACAAUCCAUUUCAAUUUCAAAGGCUGGCAUUGUCACUUCUUUAAAAGCUAGAUGCACAGUCAUUGCAGCUGCUAACCCUAUUGGUGGUCGUUAUGAUUCUUCUAGAACAUUUGCUGCGAAUGUUGAUUUGUCUGAGCCUAUUUUGAGUCGUUUCGACAUUUUCUGCGUUAUUCGUGAUCAACCGGACCCUGUAGACGAUGAACAUAUGGCCGAUUUUAUAAUUAAAACACACAAACGUUUACAUCCUGAUGUUCUUCAAGCAAUGCAGGAAACAGCUGAAGAACAAAAGGCCGAGACCGAAAUUGAUCCUUCAACCGGCCUUGAACUCAUUCCACAUUCUCUUCUUCGAAAAUACAUAAUUUACGCACGUGAACACAUUCACCCAGUUUUAAAUAUUGAUGAUGAAAGGAUUUCUCGUUUAUAUAGCGAUUUGCGCAAGGAAUCUGGGGAGACUGGCUCUAUGGUUAUUACAAUUCGAAAUGUUGAGUCAAUGAUUAGAAUGGCUGAAGCAAAUGCCAAAAUACAUUUACGUACUUACGUGGAUGAAAAUGAUGUUGCCUUUGCUACAAAAGUAAUGCUACAAUGUUUUAUUAACACGCAAAAGAAGUUUUGGAAGCAAUUGAGCUAUAAGAGAGAUAAUAACGAAUUGUUAUUAUUUACACUUAAACAGUUGGUGAAUGAACAAAUUGUUUAUGAAAGAGCUAGACAUGGAGGUUCUGCUUCAGAAGAUAUUGGUAUUGACACAAUUUCUGUUUCAGAAGAGGAUUUAGUUGAAAAGGCUCGUCAAUUACGAAUUGAUGCAGUUGCAGUAAGAGCAUUCUUUAAAAGCAAACAAUUUAUUUACAAUAAAUUCAAUUUUGAUGCCCAACGGAAAAUUAUUGUCAAAACAAUUGCUUAA